UACAUGUAGAUAAAGUAUAGAUACAUAACCACUGGACAUUACCACAACAAUAAUAGAAAAUGGAGUGUCGAUUUAUUUUCGUCUCGCUUAUUCUGGCAGGGGUUCUCUCGGUGUACCUUGUUAACGGAUACCCCAUACAUGCUUCUUGUAAAAUACAAUGGAACUUUCCCUCGGUUUCAUGUGCAAGUUUCAAUAAGAGCAUAGUUUCUCAAAUUCAGAAAUGGGAAUCUGCAGACAAUUGUGCGAAUGGCGGCGAAAAGUGCUUAUAUAAGGUUACAACACAAAGUGUCUCUAUAAUCAAGGCAACACAUCAGACACCCGUAAAGCACUAUGUCGAUGAUCUCACAUUCACAAUGAAAUCUUCCGGAAGCGGAUGUGACGUAGACGGAUUUUCAACAUCUGAAACUUGGUAUGCGUACCUGGACUACAGCACCAACUAUUGUAAUCUAAAUAAUCUCAUUACAGGUGCUGGCCUGAACGCUACCCAGGGUUACAAAGAGACAACGAGCGAUGACGUAUGUACUCAAUACAGCAGCCGAAAUUGUGACAAAUACUGAGUGAUCUCCCUUUGUUGAAAUCGUUGUCACUCAAGUCAUUCAUUUACGCAAUAAUUUACGUUUUCUAUAUUGAAUCAUUAAAUUGUUACGACAAAAAAAAUAUGUUUAGAACAUUUCAUGCAUGUUUGCUUUUCAAAUGUUACACCCUUGUGAAAUCGUCGAUUAAAAUCGUUAAAACAG